AUGAAUGUCUCCUUCGCUCAUAUGCAGGAGAAACCAAGAGCUGCUCCGCGCCCUGUACGCACUCUUGCAUAUGACCACUCUAUGCAGUUGGCCGCUAACGCAAAUGCCAAUGCCACGAACGAUAACGACGGAGAACCCAGGACACCUAAGCCACGAACAGGAUGGGAGCCUGGCUGUACCGGUCCUAUUUCCGCAUGCAUCCCAAGCUUCAAAAGUCUGCCUGUGGACCCACGAGAGUUGGGUAAUGACCAUACCCGCCCCUACUUCUCCUUCAAGAACCCCAUAGAUAUAGCCCUAAACUGGUUCCGUCUCCUCGAAUCGCUUGAAGCUGUUUACGAGCAUAAAGUCAACCAUCGUUUCAUGCUGAGUUACCAGACCACGGGUAGAAACAUAGCCACACGAGACCAGGCUACCUCUUGGGUGUAG